GCACGGUUGGUCAGUGUCUGGGAAGUGCAUCCUACCGAUCCCCUCUUACCACUGUUACUCGCCGUCAGCUUCCUUGGAAUCGCUGUCAAUCGACACCUUGUAUCUCGUCAUUCAUACAUCCUGCAGGCUUUUGGCUUUUUAUGUGAAUAUCGGCGAAACCGAGGUCGCUGCCAAGAGGUAUAUUACAACAUAGCCCGAGCAUGCCAUCAAAUGAUGCUUGGACACAUUGCCAUUCACUACUAUGAGAAAGUGCUGCACAUGGAUCCCGUGGGUGACACGGAGGAGGAACGAUCCCUAACGGACCUUAGGCAAGAGACGGCGUUCAACCUUGCUCUCUUGUAUCGAUCUCAAGGAAACCAUUGCAUGGCACACCAUAUAAUUCAAACUUACUUGGUUGUGUAGCGUUCUGUCUACGCAAGUCUUCUCCUGGAUCACACUCCUAGCUGGAUCUUGUAAAUAUCCCUGUAUAGGCAUCAACCUUGUGCUGUCUUUUAUAACACCACACCUUGCAUAAAGCAUUUUUAUACAAUGACUUUGCUUACAACCUGCUAAACGCACCACUUACAAUCAUCGUUUACGGCGAGUGU